CAACACGAAGGAGACGUGCACGUGCCGGAGCUGUUUGCAGUCAGUUAGCUUUUCGUUUGUAACCGCGACACACGUCCUGUGAGUAGUUUGUUAAAACGUGUACGUUUGGACAACAUUCACGUGUUUUGUGUAGGUUGGUUCAUAUUAAUCGAUUGAGGUAGUAACUGAAGCAGAAGCGGAGAGUAAACCGGGUUUUUUACUGGCCGUGUUGUUGGGAGUCAGGACUUGUAAAUCUCUGUAGGCCGCAGUGUCUGAGAUCAGCAUCAACAUGGCCGAUGAUUUGGACAUUGAAGCGAUGCUGGAGGCUCCAUACAGAAAGACUUGCCUAUAUCUCACCUCUACUCCCAUGAAUUCCAGUGUGAACUGUCAAAAAAAUGAAGGUAGUAAUUGCCCAAUAUAUUAAUGUACUGUGGUACCCUUGGUUGAAAUACAUAGGCAGAAUGAUUUAGGUACCGCCAAAAUAAAUACAGUGGAUGCACAUAAGAGCUGGUAUGAACUCUGUGUAGACUGUACUCAUGAUACUGUAUGCAUGGUAUUCUUAGCUCCAUAUUUGUCAAUAGAAGUUUCCCUCCUAAAUGGGCAUCACUGGAUUGCAUGACUUUAAUAGAAAUAUAUUGUAAUCAACCACUAAAAUAUAUUGGCUUAAAAUGUCAUAACUUUCAGUGCAGAAAUCCUGGAGUUGACAUAUCCAAGCAAAUUUACAUAGUUUUCUUAUACUCUUUACACCGCUUAAAUUGAGAAGCUAUUCAACUUUAAGACUUUUGGGGAAAAAUAUUAUUUAUGUUGAAAUUAAUGCAUGCUGCUGACAAAUAUAUUUACAAAUUGACAUUUCUGCAGCCUUACUAGUAGAAAAUGAUGGGGCUCAGCAUAUAGAUGACAUAGCGUUCACCAUAACGUAACAUAUCUUGUAAACAAUGCUCAUUAGGUACAUUUAAAGAACAACUCAACUUUAGAUGGUCUGUGGGAGUCGCUAUUACUAAGCCGUGUGAAUCCCUGUUUGCUUCAGGGCGAGAUGUGUGACUGAGGUGGCAUCGAGCUCUUUCAAUCCACGAAGGCAAAUGGGGUGAAGAUCACUGGAAUGGCAUCCAACACUGGAGCUCGUUUAGUGGCUGGCUGCUUGCGUUGCCACUUUGGGUCUUAGGCUCAGAUAGCCUUGGUACUGAAUCUGUUGGGCUGCAUAUUGAAUGAACUCUCUAAAAAUGCUAUUUUACACACCCAGCAUAGCACUUGACCUAUUGGCUGUAUUACCCAAUUAAUACAAGCACUAGUAUGGAAGAACGACGAUGGCUGCCAUGUGGUUGGUUUCUUUCUAAAGGUCCCUCUUGUAUUUGUCCUCCUCCCACACAAACCCUGUAAUUAACUCAUAUUUAAUGAUCAUAUCAUAUUCUCUUUUGUUCCCAUCCCUUCUUUAUCCUUGCGACUUGAAAUGUUUCGCCGUCCUCCUCAUGCUGUCUUCUAUCGACCCUGCUUAGGAUGACAACAAGUCCUUAAGUACCAAUGGCCAUGAAGAACGGAGCAAGAAGAAAAAGAAGAGCAGAAGCAAGAGCAGGGAGCGGAAAAUAAGCAAAAGCCAUGACCACAAGAAGAGUCACGACCGCAGAAGGAGCCGCAGCAAAGACCGGAAACGUAGCCGCAGCAAGGAGAGACGCCGUUCCAGGAGCAAGGAGCGUGGUGGACGCUACAAAGCUCCUUUGUACGUUAGCGGUCUUGUCAGAUAGGUUUAAGGUUUUCACUUUUUCCAAAAUAUUGUUAUUUGCGUGUUACUCUUACUAUAGUGAGCAUGUUAACCUGAAGUAUAAGGUUCCUGCAGUGUUCUUGAUGAGUGAAAAUGUCUGAGUAUUACCAAGUAUGGAGAGGGGUUUAGUUGCGGUCUCAAUUCAUAUGUCCGUUGUGAAUCAUCAGAGAAGAGGAAGAUCCCCCAAAACAAGGCAUUUGUUGUAAUGUGUACACAAUUACCAUUGUGUUCCCCAUUGAAGCUUGUGGUAUAUCUUUAGCAUUAGCAGUAGAGUGAUAGUAGUAGCUACUGAGAUUACAAACCUUGAAAACCUUGUUUUUAAAUCACAGUUCUGGGCUGAAAUUUAACGGUGGUCCCAGGGGGAAGACUGGCCCACCACCUGUCAUCAAACUAAGGUUUCUAUGAUACUAUUAUUUUGUUGUGUGGGUUGUUGCUUGGUCGGUGUAUGAGUCAGAAGUGGAAAAUCUUUGCAGAAACACUUACAGAAAUUCUCUUUCACAGCCAUAGAAGAUCUAGAAGCCACAGUCCUUUCAAGAAAGACAAAAGCCCUAUAAGACAGCCAAUUGAUAAUCUCACCCCAGAGGAAAGGGAUGCACGCACAGUUUUCUGCAUGCAGCUGGCAGCCAGAAUCCGACCACGAGACCUUGAGGAAUUCUUCUCUGCAGUGGGAAAAGUAAGAGAUGUGCGAAUCAUCUCUGACAGAAACUCCAGAAGAUCCAAAGGAAUUGCUUACAUUGAGUUUGUGGAUUCCACCUCUGUACCCUUGGCAAUCGGCCUUUCUGGACAAAGACUUCUUGGAGUACCAAUCAUUGUCCAGGCUUCACAGGCUGAAAAGAAUAGAGCAGCUGCAAUGGCCAACAACUUGCAGAAGGGCAGUUCUGGACCUAUGAGACUGUAUGUUGGCUCAUUGCAUUUCAACAUCACAGAGGAUAUGCUCAGAGGGAUCUUUGAACCAUUUGGACGGAUUGAUAGUAUUCAACUGAUGAUGGAUACUGAAACGGGAAGAUCCAAAGGAUAUGGCUUUAUCACAUUUGCUGAUGCUGAAUGUGCUAAGAAGGCUCUGGAACAGCUUAAUGGCUUUGAGUUGGCUGGAAGACCAAUGAAAGUGGGACAUGUGACUGAGCGAACAGAUGCCUCCACAGCCAGCUCCUUCCUGGACAAUGAUGAGUUGGAAAGGACUGGCAUUGAUCUGGGAACCACUGGAAGGCUUCAACUCAUGGCCAGACUAGCUGAAGGUACUGGUCUACAGAUGCCACCCGCUGCACAGCAGGCUCUUCAGAUGAGUGGCUCCAUGGUUGCCAUGGCUGCAGCUACUGCUGCUAUGAAUCCUGGACUGAGUUUUAACAUUAAUGUGCCCACAAACCAAGCUUUGAAUCUACCGUCUCAACCAAUUGCAACACACUGCUUCCAGCUUUCCAAUAUGUUCAAUCCAAACUCAGAAAAUGAUAUGGGCUGGGAAGUUGAAAUUCAGGAUGAUGUCAUUGAAGAGUGUAACAAACAUGGUGGAGUCAUACACAUAUAUGUGGACAAGAAAUCUGCGGAAGGAAAUGUCUAUGUGAAGUGUCCCACCAUUCCUGCUGCCAUGGCUGCAGUCAGUGCAUUACAUGGACGCUGGUUUGGAGGUAAAAUGAUCACAGCGGCUUAUGUCCCUCUUCCCACAUAUCACAACCUUUUUCCAGAGUCCGUGCAAGCCACACAGCUUCUUAUGCCCAGCCGCCGGUGAUCCCUUACCCCUGAACACUUUUUCAGCCUUUCUCUUUUUAACUUUUGGACAACAACACCAGUUCUGCAAGAUGUGGCACAGUUGUUUUGUUUCCUUUUUAAGUUGGUUACAAAGACGGUAAGGUAAAAAAAAUGAGAUCUGCAUAGUGUCCUUACAGAUCUGUUCAGGCAUUGAGAGAUGUUCUGUGGUUUAAAAAAAAACUUUCCUAUGUACAGCCUACUUAUUGAAUUUUGCCUCUUGAUCCUUUAUUGUUUGUGCAUUUUUUUUUUUUCCUUCCAUGUUUAUUGUCUUUGUCAUAUAUCUGAUUGGCAUGUUUCCCCACUUUAAGAAGUGUGCAGUUAGCCACAUACAAAAUAUAAAUAAGCCUUAAAUUUAUUAAAAACCCUGCAAUUUUGAUCAACCCAACAUAUUGGAUUUUUUGGCUCUAUGAGCUGUGGGAACUUAAUCUGACAUAUCUGACAUAUUUGUUAAUCUAGAGACCAUAAGGUUUAGCAGCAUCUUGUUUUUCUAAUCAAGAUUUUAUUUUGUAAAGUCCUUGAUGAAAGUUAAUUUCAAAUAAAGCCAAAAUACUG